AUGGCGCCCGCCCCGCCCCCGCCGCCUUCCCGCCCCCGCAGCGCCAUGGCGGCCGUGCGGGACGUGGAGAUCGACCCUGAGGGCACCUUCAAGUACAUCCUGGUGCGGCUGCAGCGCCCGGGCGGCGGGGAGCAGCGGGACAUCGUCCGCGGCACGGCGGCGGCCGAGUUCCACAAUCAUAUAUUUGAAAAAGUAAAUCCYGAGAUGGAAAAGCUGGGGUACGAGUGCAAGUGCCUUGGAGGAGGGAAAAUUGAACAUAAUAGCAAAGACAAGAAAAUUAGGGUAUUUGGGCUCUCUACAGGCUAUGGAAAAGCAGAUCAYUCUGUGACUGUAGAGAUACUGAAGAAAGAGUAUACAGAUUAUGAAAUUACAUGGUCAGAUGACAAGAAAUAAACUGACUAAUCGUGAACACAACAAGCAGUUCAAAACUGGUAACUGUAAGCYGUACUUUGGUAAAUAAAACUGAAUGUUUCUCUGUAUGUAACCAUAAAUGUGGAGUAACUGGACUCUGCCAUCAUUUAUAAUACAGUUGGUAAUCCCCAGAUACAUCUUAUUUUUUAGAUCAUUCCUUUGUGCAGCAUCUGAAGUUCURACCCUUUUUGCUCUGUUUGAUGUGCCCUUUAAUUAAACACUCCCACACCAUCUUACCUCUGGUUUAUUUUCAUCCAGUUCCCAUUUCAGUGACAUACUUUAGGAUACCUCAGGCUUUACCAUCAACUUCAAACACCACUGGACCAAACCUGUUGACUGUUUUUUUGAUGGCAGYRUUUUCAGUUUCCUUUAUUUUUCUGUUACUUUUUUAGGCUUCUCMUCUUUCUUAACCACAUUUACAAAAAUUGGUKUGGG